AUGUUGUGCUCUGGGGUGAUUUAUCGAAGAAACCGCCGGCGAAACUCUGCCGGCGACACGUCUCGCCGCAGGCGUGCGAAGCAGCUGGUCCGCGACAGCGUCGCAGCACUGAGGUCUGGACGCGUGGAUUUCAGGUUGUUGGUGAUCUCCAAGGCCUUGGUGAAAGAUGGCACAGAGUCGUACAGCAAUCGUCAAGCCCAUGUGGAACUUGCAGACAAGAUCCGCCAAAGGGAUCCCUCCAAGGCCCCCAAGGUGGGUGAGCGUGUGCCCUACGUCUAUGUGGCCAGAGAAAAAGGUGCCAACGCCUGUGAUCGUGCUGAAGAUCCGCUCUUUGCCAUGGAGGCAUCGAUGCCCUUGGACGUGGAGUACUACGUGGAACACCAGUUGAAGCAACCAUUGCUUCGUGUCUUUGAGCCAGUGCUGGGUCUUUCGCCCAAGAAAACGGAGGAAGAGCUCUUCGGUUUCGGUGGCAGUCCCUCUAGCUCGCAAAAGGUGGUUUCAAAGGCACCAGCAGGAGGAGGAGGAGGAAUUGGAAAGUUCCUGAAGACGAAGAAAAGGUGUUUGGCACCAGGAUGCAGGAACUUUGAGCAAGAGUCGGGCAACGCCUUCUGCCACACCUGCGCAGCGGACCCUUCACGACUUCAGCAGGCAUACCUAGCUGUCUUGGAGGUGAUGAGACCCUUGGAGGUUGAAACCUCCAAGCUGCUCUCCCAGUGUAUGCGCUGCGAGGGCAGUUCUCGUCGACUGCACGUGUCCUGCACGAACAUCGACUGUCCCAUUUUCUUCCGUCGCCAACAAGCCUGGCGAGAGCUGAAUGAUGCAAAGGAGUCCUUGUGCAAGAUACCAAGUCUUGCGACGCAAUGGUGA